UUAUAGAACCAUUUAUAACUUAGAGUAAUGUUUUCAAGAGGGAAGCAACUAUUCUGAAGAUGACUGGCCUCCGGCAUAUACUUCCAAAGAACGCCGUAGACGCUGCCUCCCUGUGCUAUGCUUUAAUUCUGAUACACAGUGUAAUAAUUCUGGGCGAUUUUAUUGUCGCGCCAUGGAUGAAAGAGCAUUAUGGCACCACAGAUAUGCAAAUCCUUUGGUACAAUAUCUUUGGGGGGUUUGUGUACAUAAAUGUCAUUGGAAACAUGUGGAAAAUUAUGACUACGAACACGUCAACUAUUGGCAAAAUUUUACCUACACUUCUUAAACCAGGUUGGCACUACUGUGUGGUGUGUGAAGCCAAUGGACCUCCACGCUCCUACCACUGCCCCACCUGUAACCGCUGCAUCCUGAAGAGAGACCACCACUGCAUGUUCACCGGGAAAUGUAUUGGCUACUUCAAUCAUCGCCAUUACAUCUGCCUGAUCUGCUACACCUGGUUGGGGGCUAUGUUUGCCUCCACAUACUGUAUGGGAUUCACAUGGACCAUGCUGGGAGAAUUUUCAUUUUAUAACCUUAUGUGUUUUUGUUUUCCCUUGUUUUUACUACUCUUUGGAAUGUUGGAUUUUUAUACAGCUAUUAUAUGCUUGCUAACUCUGGUGGCCACCUUAUUUUGGUUCAUCAUAACUUUUCUAAUUGUCUGGCAUUCCAAGCAUAUUAUUUACAAUAUGACUACGCAUGAAAGACGACACGAUAUAUACAUGUACAACCUAGGCUGGAGAGAGAACAUUAAACACAUUUUUGGCAGUAAGUGGUACAUAUGCUGGUUGUUUCCAUGGAUCCUGUCUCCACUUCCUGGUGAUGGAAUGUCAUUCCCAACAUCAGAGAACUUUGAAAGUUACAAAGAUCAAUAGCUGCUGCUUAACUGUAGGGUAGAUAAAUUUAACUAGGAAUAAUUUUACUACUGCUAUUGUAAAAAAGUGCCGUUUGCUUUUUUUCUUUUUUUUUUAAUUACAAGCAUAUAGAUGUUAUUAGAGUUUUUUCUUACUCUGUGCCACUGAUUUGUUUGUUUGAUUAAAUUGGGUAGAAAAAGUGCCAUGUUUUAUGAAAGAAUAAUGUGUAAGCCUUAAACAUUUACAAAAUUUUACAUGAAAAAUAUAUAUAUGUCCAGCAUUCUUGAAUUGACACAAAUUAUA